AUGGCCAGCUCGCGACACAUCCCCUCAACCACGGCCAUGUCGGGAGCUUUGCGUGCCCCUUACAGCUCAGGCUUGAUCCGACAACAAUAUCGUGCAGCCCCUAGGCAUUGUACCCGACAAUUCGCUUCCACUCCGCAACCGCAGUUCCAGCACUCGUCACAGAAAUGGCAGAAUAAGGAGAAGUUCCGGUCCCGCUUAGGCUCUGCCCUGAGAAACACAAAGGUCCAAUGGUACCCGAUACCGAUCGGCCUGGGUGUUGGCUUCCUCGGCCUUGUGCAGUUCUACAAGACCCAGGCUCGAGAGAAGGAAAGGCUCGAGCAGGAGGCUUUGGAUUCGGAGCCUGGCACGCGCCCAAAGAAGAGGCCAAGGAUACGACCGGAAGGACCAUGGCAGGUCCGCGUCAUGUCCACACUGCCCCUGAAGGCACUGUCGCGGCUUUGGGGCAAGUUCAACGAGCUUAACAUACCGUAUUAUCUACGAGUCCCCGGAUUCAAGCUUUAUUCUUUCAUCUUCGGCGUCAAUCUGGACGAAGUCUCCGAGCCGGAUCUUCACGUCUACCCGAAUCUGGCUGCCUUCUUCUAUCGGACUCUCAAGCCCGGAUCGCGACCCUUGCACCCAGAUCCGAAUGCCUUGCUUUCUCCCUCGGACGGCAGGGUCCUGCAGUUUGGACAAAUCGAGGGGGGUGAAAUCGAGCAGGUAAAGGGAAUGACCUACAGCAUCGAUGCCCUGCUUGGCAAGAACACCCCGACACCCAGCAUUUCUAGUCAGUCCUCAAGCGCGCCGGACCAAUCCACCGAGGCUGAGCGCGCCAAGAGCGAGCUUCAUGGUAAUGAGGAGCUUGUCAAGCAGGAUGAGGAGUUUGCUCGCGUCAACGGGAUCUCUUAUACUCUGCCUAACCUUCUGUCAGGCCCAAACAAAGGUCGCAAAACUGGCACCGAUCUGGAGGAUCAAUCCACUAGGCCGUCAAGCCCUAGUGCUGUCUCCGAAGUCCGCGCAGACCUGGCCCUUGGCGAGAAGCCAUGGUAUGAUCUCUUGUCGCCUGACAAGAAGAACAGCCUGUACUAUGCUGUAAUUUAUCUGGCACCCGGUGACUAUCACCGAUUUCAUUCCCCGACGAACUGGGUUGUAGAACGACGUCGCCACUUUGCCGGCGAGCUCUACUCAGUAUCACCCUACUUGCAGCGGACCAUGCCCGGGCUUUUCACGCUCAAUGAGCGCAUUGUGCUACUUGGGAGGUGGAGAUGGGGGUUCUUUAGCUACGUUCCCGUUGGUGCCACCAACGUCGGUUCUAUCAAGAUCAACUUUGACAAGGAGCUGCGGACGAACUCUUUGACCACUGACACUGCAGCCGACCAUGCUGCGGAAGAGGCCGCCAAGCGAGGUGAGCCCUACAGCGGCUUCUCAGAGGCCACCUACGAGGCAGCAAGUGCAGUGCUUGGGGGCCAUGCCGUGAAGCGCGGCGAGGAAAUGGGAGGCUUCCAGCUCGGUAGCACGAUCGUAAUGGUAUUCGAAGCACCAGCCCACAGCGAUGCUGAGGGCUCGAAGCGUGGAUUUGAAUGGGCAGUACAGAAAGGACAACAAGUCAAGAUGGGACAAGCUCUAGGAUUCGUCGAAGAAUAG